AUGUCCACCAAGACGCGCCCCGCCAUCCCACCCGUGGUCAUGGACAGUAUGACGCAGCAAAUCGGCAACACGCCCCUCGUACGCCUGAACAAGAUCCCGCAGUCUCUGGGAAUCAAAGCGACCGUAUACGCGAAGGUCGAAGCCUUCAACGCUGGUGGUAGUGUAAAGGACCGCAUCGCGCUUCGCAUGAUUGAAGCCGCCGAGAAGUCCGGUCGCAUAAAGCCUGGUGACACUCUCAUCGAGCCCACUUCCGGUAACACGGGUAUCGGUCUGGCCUUGGUGGGUGCGAUCAAGGGUUACAGGACCAUCAUCACGCUUCCCGAGAAGAUGAGCCCGGAGAAGGUGGCGGUUCUCAAGGCACUGGGAGCUGAGAUCAUUCGUACCCCGACGAGCGCGGCAUGGGAUAGCCCCGAAAGCCACAUUGGUGUUGCAAGGAGAUUAGUCAAGGAGAUUCCGAAUGCGCACAUUCUCGAUCAGUACUCGAACCCGGAUAACCCGAUGGCGCACGAGUGCGGCACUGCGGAGGAGGUGUGGACACAAACAGAAGGAAAGAUCACAUGUCUUGUUGCUGGUGCAGGAACUGGAGGAACUAUCACCGGUCUCGCGCGUGGUCUCAGGAAACACAAGCAGGAUGUUAAGAUCGUUGCUGCCGACCCACACGGCAGUAUCCUUGCACUCCCCGCGAGCCUGAAUGAAGAGCGUGUGAACGAGGGCUACAAGGUUGAGGGAAUUGGAUACGACUUCAUCCCUGAGGUCCUGGAGCAGAAGAUUGUAGACAAGUGGUACAAGACAGAUGACCGAACAUCGUUCCUGUAUGCGCGCAGGUUGAUCUCCGAGGAGGGUAUCCUUGUUGGUGGUUCGUCUGGCAGUGCGAUGGCUGCUAUGGUUGAGGCCGCGAAGGACAUGAACCUCACCGAAGACGAUGUUAUUGUUGUCAUACUUCCCGACAGCAUCAGAAGUUACCUCAGCAAGUUUGUCGACGACGACUGGCUUGCGGCGAACGACCUUCUCCCUCCUACACCCCCUCUAACACCCAACACAAACGGCGCGCAGCUUCGCCGUCUCUCCACCACUAAGCAGGCCGACGCUUUCCAUGGCGCUACUAUUGCUUCCCUCCGACUUAAGCCUGUUACCACCGUUCCUUCGAAUUCGCCGUGCAGUGAAGCUAUAGAAACUAUGCGCGAGAAGGGUUUCGACCAACUCCCCGUGAGCACAUACUCUUCUUCCGGAAAGGCGCGUCUCGUCGGAUUGGUCACUCUCGGCAACCUUCUUUCCUACAUUGCCGCCGGUCGCGCUACACCAAAGUCGCCAGUCGAACAAGUCAUGUUCGAUUUCCGCAAACUCAACGAAGUCGUAAAGGAUCUGGGCCGUCUGUCGCUGGAUGGCGACAACGCGAAGAACACACAAAAGGGUGGCAAGAAAGGAAGAAGGGAAUUUGUUGAGAUCACCAAGGAGACCAGCUUGAGCGAUCUGAACAAGUUCUUCGAGUGGAACAGCGCGGCUGUUGUUACCGAGCGCGUAGAUGGCGAGCCCAGGGCUGUUGCUGUUGUUACAAAGGUGGACUUGCUUACUUGGAUGGUCAGGCAGGGAAGCACCAAUGGAAACUCACACUAG